AUGGAUGGCUCUAUCUCCACCAAUCUCUUUAGUCGUCACCCCGACGACAAAGUUCCUAAUGCAUAUUGUAGCAUUGGUAGUCCCCUCGUCGAAAUCACCAUUAACGAGCUUGAAAUAGUAGAACUUGCAGCAGCUGAGGUUGUAAUAAUGUUAGAGCCAAGGCGACGUUAUGGCUUGCACAUUACAUUAGCACUUGAAGCAGAAGAAACUCCCGAUCAAACAGUUGAACAUUUCCUGGGGAUAAAUCAUAAGAAGGAGCAAGGGAACUCCAGCGUACCAAAGAAGCCUAAAACUUAA